AGUUACAUAUAAAACAUUCCUACAUCAACUAAAAAUAUGGAAGAACUUCAAAUUGUUCCGGAUGUUAUCGAUCAAACACCAAAAGAACUCUGCAAAGUCAGCUAUCCUAGUGGUGUAAAUGUUGAUCUCGGAAACGUUUUAACACCCACUCAAGUAAAAGACAUUCCAAAUGUCGCAUGGACAGCCGAUGAUAGCGAAUUAUAUACAAUUUGUUUGACGGAUCCGGAUGCUCCAAGUCGCACAGAUCCGAAAUUUCGCGAAUGGCAUCAUUGGUUAGUUGGAAACAUUCCUGGAGGUAACAUUUCCGAGGGAGAGACGUUAUCUCAAUAUGUAGGGUCUGGACCACCAGAAGGAACUGGGUUACAUCGUUACGUUUUUUUGAUUUACCAACAAAAUGGAAAAUUAAAUUUUGAUGAACCAAGACUUACAAAUAAUUCUGGUGAUAAUAGAGGAGGAUUUUCUAUUAAAAAGUUUGCUGAAAAAUAUCAGUUGGGUCAACCUAUUGCUGGUAAUUUCUAUCAGGCGGAAUGGGACGAUUAUGUUCCUAUUUUGUAUAAACAAUUGGCUGGAUAAACAUAUUUAUUAGAAUUGUGGAAAUACAAACUUUUAUGGAAAUCAUUUUAUUAAUAUUGGGUUUGACAGAUCUGUCAAGAUGACGUUUGCAUUUAUUGAGAUACAUAUUUAUGUAGGUUUAGAAGUUAUGUUAAGAAAUGUAUUGUAUAUCUAAGUUUUAUGUAACUGCCCAGGAGUUAGAAAUAAACAUAAUAUGAGAAA